AUGGCACCCAUCUUGCUCCAUGCCGCUUCACAAGAGCUCUCUCUGUCCACCGAUGAGCACAUGUUUGCAACUGCGGCACUCCUGCUGAUGAUUGCAAGCCUGUCCGUAAUCGGAUGCGUGCUUGAGGAGACCUGCCAGUGUCCGCGCAACUUUCCACUCCUGGUGUUGGUUGCGCAAAUCAGCACUUUGGUCUUGGCAGUCGUCAUUUGGCCAUCCCUCUUUGGGACCACGUUGCCCAAGCCGAAUGAGGUCGAGGAGUGGCUGUCAAAGCGUUGGCAGAACGUCCUGCGAGCAAGGGGCAUAGCUGCCCCCAUAGUCCCAAUGCAAGCUGCCCAAGCUUCUGGAAAUGUUGAAGCAGAUUUUGCAUCUGCUAAUCUGCGCGGUGCGGUAGAGACUCCGGAGCCUUCCACCCCUCUUCCUGCUCCAGCGGGCUGGGUCUCUGCUGGCGAAGGGUAUUGCGAAGAUGGCAAGACCCACCAAGAGUUCAACUCCUUGCACACCAUCGGGAAGACUCUUCAGGAAUGUGCUGACGUGGCCAUGUCGGACCCGGAGAGCGUUGCUUUAGAUUUCUCCACUGCCGACGGUGGCUGUGAUAUACGGUUUCCCGCCGGCUCACUCUUCCAAUCCGUUCCUGGCUUCGACUGGUGGGGCUGGGGAGCUGGAGAGUCAUCUCCGAAAGGUUCGGGGACCAGGAAGCACGAUUCUGCGACUUACUGCUUCGUGCCGCAGCAGAGAGCGCCUCCAGCGCGACCAGUACACGAAGUGUCUGCCACGCUUCACCCCAACUACAAGGCGUUGAUUCAAGAGUAUCCGUUUCAGCCGGUACGCAACGAGCGGGGAGACUUUGUAAACAUCAUCCUCGUUCGCUCGCCUUUCAGAACCAAGCGGCAGGAGAAGCUGUUUCAGCAGUUCAAGAACGAGAUUCUGUUUAUGGGCAUCAGCAGUUGGGAGGACUUCCCGCUGCCGGCACCAAACCCCUUCUCGGAGUCCUUUGCGAAAGACAAGUUUGUGGGCCUGUUUCCUGGCUUUCUCUACAUGCAUCGGGAACCGGCGACUGGGCUACCAGACUAG